AUAAUAAUAUAAAAAUGGAUAUUGACAAUGAUAGGAAACGAAAAAGUAAGGAUUUAAAUGAGAAUCCAUAUAGCAUAAGCAAGAUACGGUAUAUGUAUGAGAUUUUGAGAGAAGAUAUUUUAGUAUCAAGAGGAUAUGAUAUUAUUGAUGCGCAUAGAAAAUUAUCCAAAUUUCAAAUCCAAUAUGCAGAUUACAUAUAG